CUUGAGUUAAUUAGGGCAGAUAACUAAUUCAAGUAUCGACUUUGCUUUGUCAAUGUUUAUGUUUUCAUAAACAUGGCGGAAAUUUGUGGUUGAUGUACCACGAGUGCUAGAACGUGCUUCGCUCCACAGAAUGCAAACCAGUAGUAUCAGUUACAGUGGCCUUAUCACCCAAGAAAAUUUGGAUGUCUUGACUUCCAAAUGGUUACUUGAAGACACACCUAGCUUUGAUAUCGGAGGUUUUGUUGUCGGUGAUGUAUGUGGGACAAGUGUUGUGCUAUGCAAAUCAAAUGGCUAUUUAUGUGGAAAGCCAUUUGUAGAUGCCAUUUUUUCAAAGUUAAAUUGCAAUAUCGUUUGGAACUUUGAUGAAGGAGUCGAACUUGUGCCUAUAUGUCAAGUUGCAACCGUUAAAGGAAAGGUAAGAGACCUCUUGCGUGCGGAGAGAGUCGUUUUGAAUGUUUUAGCUAGAGCAAGUGGAGUCGCAACAACAUGCAAAAGGUUGGUUCAUAUAAAAGAAAAUCGUAAAUGGAUGGGUGAAGUUGCCGGGACACGAAAAACUACUCCUGGAUUUAGACAAGUUGAGAAAUAUGCUCUGCUUGUGGGAGGUUGUUCUACCCACCGGUACAAUUUAUCUUCGAUGGUUAUGCUUAAAGACAAUCAUAUCUGGAGCGUCGGAAAUAUAGCAGAGACGGUGAAAAAAGCAAGAAAAGCAUGUGGUUUUUCGUCAAAAAUUGAGGUAGAAUGUAGAAGUGUUGCGGAGGCUUUGGAAGGAUGCGCAGCCGGAGCGGAUAUAAUUAUGUUAGACAAUUUUGAUUCGAGCGUAAGUGAAGAUGCAGCGAAGGAGAUCAAAUCGAAAUACCCAAAUGUAACAAUUGAAGUUAGCGGUGGAUUGUACGAAGAAAACAUUGGAAACUACAUGACACCAAAUGUAGAUGUGUUAUCUGCUAGUUGUCUUACACAGGGCUAUAAAACAGUUGAUUUUUCAAUGAAAUUGUUAGUAGAUGAUCAUAAUCCAGAAAAUCCUGUUGUAAAACAACUUCAUGAAUAAAAAGGUUAUAACAAUCCCAAGUGAUUACGUUAUAAAGCAUAUAUUCAGAACGUUUGCAAUGCGCACGCAUUUGGUUGUGGAUUUACCCAACACUAGUUUGGGCGAUUUGCAGACAAAUAAGUACUUAAAACCUAA